GUAACCCUAUAACAAAUACUGCAGCACAUGUACAUCUAGUAAUCACUCAAAACUAGGUUAGGUACACAAAUAACAUUUGGUGAACUUAGUGACUCGUCUUGGAAAUUAUGUAAUUUUGACCCAUACAUCCAGUCCCAUGCAGACUGGCUCAACAGUUUGCAGAAAACAACAAUCUGUAGAACACCGGACAGAGCCAAGGUGGAGGAGAAACCAUCUAUGGGGGAUAAAAUUAAGCGAAAGCUGUCAUUGCCAAAGAUGGUGGGCCUAGAAGACGAGAACAAAGUGCGUGGUAACUGGAGUGGUCGACUUGACUUUUUCUUGUCCUGUAUUGGGUAUGCUGUGGGUUUGGGUAACAUAUGGAGGUUUCCUUAUAUCUGUUACAGAAAUGGUGGAGGUGCUUUCCUUAUUCCAUACUGCAUCUUCCUACUGCUGUGUGGAAUGCCUCUUGUCUUCCUGGAGAUUGCAUAUGGACAGUUUUGCAGCCAGAGUCCCACAGGGGUCUGGAAGCUCAGUCCAAUGUUCAAAGGCAUUGGCUGGGGUAUGGUGAUAGUGUCUGGAAUUGUGUGUAUCUACUACAACAUCAUCAUCACGUGGACCCUGUACUACUUGCUGAUGUCGUUCCAAGCAGUUCUUCCAUGGAGUCACUGCAAUAAUGACUGGAAUGAUGAGAAUUGUGCUCUGUGGCAUAAACGUAGUCCUAAUGCUACCAACCAUACACACCAGGGACCCCUAGAUCCGUUGCUAGAUGGCGCUGGGGUGGUGAGGCUGAUGGGAAAUUUGACUGCCAAUAGCAGUGCCAGCUACUGGAUGCACUAUGGGGUGGAUGGUACUAACAGCACAAAUGUCACCAUACAGAGGGAGUCUCCUAGUGAACAGUACUGGCAAAACCAUGUACUUGAGUUGUCAGAAGGUAUAGAAAACAUUGGUCCCAUUCGCUGGCAGCUGUUGCUGUGCCUGAUAUUUGCCUGGGUUAUGAUCUUCUUGUGUUUGUGUAAAGGUGUAAAAUCUUCAGGAAAGGUUGUUUAUGUUACAGCCACGUUUCCUUACUUGGUAUUGAUUAUAUUACUGGUGCGCGGAGUCACACUUCCAGGCUCUAUGGAGGGGAUAAAGUAUUAUCUUAUUCCUAAAUGGGAGAAACUGCUGAGCUUUAAGGUGUGGGCCGAGGCAGCGGGACAGAUCUUCUACUCUGUUGGUGCUGCUUGGGGUGCCAUGAUCACAUUUGCCAGCUACAACCGCUUCCAGAAUAACUGCCUAAGGGAUGCAAUAAUAGUUCCAUUGCUGAAUGAAGGAACCAGUAUAUUUGCUGGCUUUGUCAUCUUUUCAAUCAUUGGCUUCAUGGCACAAGAAACUGGAAGGACUGUUGAUGCUGUCAUCACUCAAGGUCCAGGAUUGGCAUUUGUGGUGUACCCAGGGGCCUUGGCCAAGCUGCCUAUCUCUCCCAUGUGGGCAGUGCUGUUCUUCCUGAUGUUACUGACUGUAGGGGUGGAUAGCCAGUUUGGUAUGUUUGAGACUAUGACAUCUGCCUUUGUGGAUGAGUACCCGCAUUUCCUGAGGAAGAGGAAGACCCUGUUUAUUGCUGCCACUUGUUUUGUACAGUUCCUUCUUGGAAUUGUUAUUGUCACCAAGGGUGGGAUCUAUAUCCUCCAGAUCAUGGACUGGUACAGCUCCACAUAUUCACUUAUGGUCUUCUCCUUUAUGGAGUGUAUUGUGGUGGCCUAUGUGUAUGGAGUCGACCGCUUUUAUGAGGACAUAGAGCUGAUGAUUGGGCGUAAGCCUCCAAUACUGUACAAAUAUUCCUGGCUGUUUGUGACCCCAGCAGUGAUACUUUUCAUCUUUGUCGCCACCUUCUUUCAACAUGAGUCGGUAACAUAUGGGGAUUACCAUUAUCCAGCAUGGGCUAUUGUUCUUGGGUGGCUCCUAGCCCUCUGCUCUAUACUGCCUAUACCUGGAAUAAUGAUUCUGAAGAUUGUGAGGGAAAAAGGGCCAAUCUUGCAGAGAAUCAAGAAGCUCUGUCGCCCGGCAGUGGACUGGGGUCCAGUGCCAACCAAGUUCCGUGAGCAGUACUAUGAAUCCCUCAGCCCAGCCCGCCGACAGUGGUUACGAGAGUUUCACCCAGAAAUGAAAUUUACAGUGAAUCAGUUAGAGGAUGAAGGCAUUAUGAUGAAACCGCUGAAACCAAAUGAUUCCCUGCAUGAUAAGCCAGCUUCAGUUCCCCAUGAAGAGAAAGCUUUGAUUCAAGGACAGCAAGAGUGUAACAAUGUAUAACAUGAAAUGAGAAGAAAAGAAAAACUUUUGUAUCUUUACUAGUGGGGUGAGCAAACUUUACACUAACAAAAUUGUUGGAAGAGGCCUUUAUAUAUAUAUAUAGUACAGUAGUAAAGUUGACUGAAAGAGAAAAAUCAUGAUAGAAAAACUCUUAUAAAAGGACUGGAAAAAAGGAUUGGAAGGGCAAAAAUGAUAAGAAAUGUCAGCCAUUUUUCAUUGUCAUUUUGGCUGCAGUGGCAGUUGUUAUUAUCAUUAUUAUUACCCAUGCUUAGUCAUGCUUCACAUUAAAGACAACAUUACCUCAUUUUUCCUUUUUAUACACACAACUUUUGCUCAUUUUACAUUAGAUAUUGUCUGAAAUGCUCCACUUGUAUAUUUUUGAUCACUUUUGUUAGUAAUUUCCCAAAAUGUCGGAUGUCAGUGUCCAUUUUUCAAAACACAAUCCAAAUAUGUUUCAAGGUCACUUUUUGUAUUGCAUUUGAGUAAUAUUAAUGUUUUCUAAGUUUUGCCUUCUGCAAGUAUUUCAAGACUAACUUAUGUAAGUCAUAUAAUGCUCAUCUUCUGUCUGCUGUCAGCAAUCAUUUCCAGUUAUAAACAUUAACAGAAAGUGUUUAAUGAGUAGACCAUCCAACAAAAUGUGAUGUGAAUUGGACUCCUUGCAUUUUCAUCAAUAUGGGCUAUCCAUGGCAAUCAUAUCAUUACUAUUACAUUAUUUUUCAACUAUGAUCUCACUGUCUGACAUUUGUCAUUUAUGACGGUACUGAUGUAAAAUGUACAGAUAUGGUACAUAUUUGAUAAGUGGCUGGGGUGUCACAAAACACAAGAAUUGAGAAGUGCUGCUGUUACAUGAUGUUUCACUAUAAAAAGGUGUUUUAAUACAUGUGCAGAAAUUAUUAAAUUAUAGUUUGACAUAUUGAUUUUAAGCUCAUCAAAAGAUGUAUACCUCAGAUGAAUUGGAUGUAUGUUAUAGUUAUCAAUUAUUCUUCAACAUUAACAAUACAAUUAUGAAAACAAUUAUUUUAGAAUUUGAGGUGUAUUUAAAAAUUUUUUGAUAUUAGUAACGGUAAUGUGGGGAUUUGUGUUAUUUGCUCACGGUUUGUCUGAAAGGAAAAAUAUUUGUUGAUUGACAAAUUUUAACCAAGUUAAUGAAUUUUUUUUAUACUUGACUGACAAGAUAAUUUUAUACUUCCACUGUUGAUAGUCAUGACCAAGUAAAGAAUAUAUAUUUAUUUACUUAUUUUUAUUUAUUUAUUUUUAAAUAUCUGGACCUAUUUCAAAUUGUAAUUUUUUUAUUAAGAAGUUUUAAAGUUGGAGUUUGGUUACCAAUGAUAUUAAGAAAAGAGGUAGCUUUGGUUGAAGUAUGAGUCUACCAAUAUUCCUACUCUACUGGGCACUAUAUACAUGAAGAUCCAGUGUGGCCAUCUUGUAACUUUCUUCAAAGUUUAAUAAGGCUAUUGUUUUGAUGUGAUGAUGACCAGAUAGCCCCAAAGUAUUGAAUAUGUAUCUAGAUCCCCUGGUAGUAUUGGUAGACAGAAAGUAUACUUUCUUCAUCUUAAUUCUUUGUACAGCUGGUGAUAUUCAUCAAUGAUAAAUCAUAUUGAUUUGCUAUUGGGACAGUAUAAUGGUUUUAUUGUAUUAGUUUGUGUUCUGAUAUGUUUUAGUCUAUUUGCAUGUAGUAUCUUUGACAAGCUUGAGUUAAAAUGUGUAGAUAAUGUAUGCCUUAAAACCUGCACGUAGUUAUCCUUUUCUAAGCAGGUUUAUUUUAUGUGGUGGUUUGCUUUGUUUUUUAGAUAUAAUUUGAUGUUUAAUUGUACUGCAAAGACAAUUGGUAACUAAUAAGUGACAACUUAUAGCAUGAAAAAUUGAUUUGUUUCAAGAUCAUUAAUUGCUCAAUUUCAUUAAAUGUAUAUUCCUAAGAACAUUUUCUGAAACAUGAAACCAGUUCAGCCUACUCGAAUUUUGUUUACAUAAGCAGUGAUUUAUCUUAUGUAGCAAAUCAUGAGUCCAUAAAAUUUGAUAUUAGUGAAAUAAAUUUUGUAGAUAAAAUU